AUGAACGAGCCACAACCAAAACUUUUAUCCCAUACCAACUCAAAGCAGCCCGUCCACAAGUACCUGUACUUUCCUGUACGUUCCGAGCUGCUAACCCAUUUUGAUCGUCUGCUCAAGCGCCAUCUUUACGCGCUCAUAAUAACAGAUGACCCGGAAAGCAUCCACACGCUGAACAUAAGCACCACAUGCACAGUGUGCCCGAGCAGCAAGCGAUGCAUGUACGAGUCGGGCAAGUACGACCUGUUCAUCUACUAUGAUGUGUACGACCCGUCAAUCGUAAUCAACGAUUCGUAUGCGAACGCGUUUUACCUCACGUGCUCGCCCUUUGAGAUUGUAAGAGUGUAUGACAUGCUUGGUGUGCAUGAGCGCGGCGGAAUCUUCGUGAACAACAACACGUUCUACCUCAGUUACUUCAACAACAACAAAUUGCUGCUGUACGAAUCGGGCAGCAGCACGCCCAUGAGCACCGUGCUUGGGCAGGUGAAGGACAAUGCGGACGUGCACUCGGUCGUGCAUGAGUAUGUCAGGUACGAUGUGUAUGACACGCAGAUGGUGCUUGCUGAGCUGAUGGACAGGGGCCGUGCUCUCGAUAUAAAUCUGGACGAGCGAAGUAUCGGGUCAAUACGAGCACAUGCACACACCUCAAACAAGCUGAAGGCGCUUGAACUCAUGUUUAAGCGGUUUUCGUGCGUUUUGGUUGAAAACGCGUUUGUGAAGAGCGCAGCCCUGAAGUACCUGAGUAUGCAUGGUGUGCAGUGCAUAGACGGCGAUGUGCAUCACGUGGAUGCAAGCAUGAAGCGCAUUUCGCUACGCGUACCGCAUGCUGCGAAGUACUGCGUGCUUGGCGUACAGCCCGUGCUCACUAGCACGUUGGUGCUCAUACCGUCCGCCAUGCAGAAUCACCUACGCGCAUUGCUUACAGCCGAGGCGAAGAUUCGCACGCUAAGUGUUCAACAGCCCAAAUGCACCCCAUCAAACGUGUCCACAAUGCAUAAAUAUGCAUCAAUGCGCAUAGAUAACGCGAUGAAAGUAUUUUUUAACGGCAAGAGCAACGCAUUACCAGCAGCAGAGCAUACGAGCACGCUGUGCGUGAUUAUGCCCGCAAAUAAGAAAGAUGAGCUUACACGCAUGAACAUGCGGUACAAUGUGAUGAACGAGAGCGUGGUGUUUAAGGUGGAUUCAUGCAUGGGUGCGUUUAAGGUGUGUGCAGCAGCACACACAUGUGCAGAUGUGGUAGUGCCGCGUAAGAAGAACGGCUUUCUUAAGGUGAGCCGUAUGGGGGUAGGACACUUUGUUGACAGGCAGGUGUUUGCGGAUAGUUUUGUGAUACGGGGAGAGGGCAGUCUAAAUUUUUACGACACAUCGCUCGUGCUUGAGUACCUGGUUGAUGCACCAGAUAAGUCUGAUGAUCGAGGCAGGUUAGAUAGUACGACCGGCAGCAGGGAUAGUAGAAAUUACCGCGGCAGAAUUGACGGCAGCGAUACCCCCUCCAAUCCCAGGAACCUAAAUCCUAAAAAUUGUUCCAACCACAACGGAUCACGUGCAUGCCCUGAUUACUUCAAACGUGCGUUCAAGAUGAACACUCUGCACAACAAAGUCCUUAAAUUCAACAUAAAAUACAAAAAAGUAGAGCAGGUCAUCCUUUCCCUCACAAAGGAAGGAUCGAACCAGUACAUCAACAUAUGGCUGGUACUGCGCGGCAAUCCCACGAUAUGUGUAGAUGAGAGCACGGCAACUCUGCUCGAUGUUCCCUUUGUAGAGCAUCGCUACGAUCUGUGGGUAAGGAACCACCUGCAGAAUGUUUGUUUUCUUGAGAACGUGUUGGAGAUGGUAGGAUGCGUGAGCAUGCGUGUGCGUAUAGGACAGGUUGUGUUUGAGAGGGGGUGUGCAGUUGAGGAGGUGCUUAGUCGGUUGAGCGAUGAGGACAAGUACUACGUACGGUGUUUGUACGGAUCUAAGGGACGUAUCGUAGCUAAUCGUUUGUACUAUGAUGAGAAUGGGAGCAGUGAUGACACUCUUAACAGCAACACCGGUAACAUUGCUAAUUCCGUUGAUAGCGUGGUGAACAACAAUGCAUGGAUAAAAAACAGCUAUAAAAUAAAUUUGUGGCGCAUAAAAUGCAUAAGAGAGUUCUGCAUGGCACAGGAGGUGCUCACGGCUCGCUACAGCGCAUUCAACACGUACACAGCAAGCACGGACCAUUUCACCAACCCUGAUACACAGCCAAUACGUACCGUGCACGUGCAUCCCCUAGCAAUCGUGUGCAUGUACCCCAAGAACAACCUGUCCAAUCGCAUACUAAGGAACUUCUCGAACAUGAUACGUAUUACGUUCAAAGACACGAAAGAUGAAAGUACGAUGGAAUACAUCAGAGAGAUAAUGAGCAAUGGUAUAACGAUUGAUAGGCCGUACUACUUCGUAGCUACGUCUUCUUCGCAGUUGCGUGCUAACUCUGCAUGGUUUAUUUCACCGUAUAGAAAGAACAACGUGCUUAUUGGCAGUGAUUACGUGAGGAAUUGGAUGGGUGUUAUAAAUUGUGACAACAUUGGGAAGUACAUGAUACGGGUAGGACUAGGAUUGAGCAGCACCUUUAAUAUGUUUGAGAUUGUUGAUUACGUGGAGGAGGAUGAUAUUGUUAGUUAUGGUAAUAGCGGUAGUGUUAGUUAUGGUAAUAGCGGUAGUGUUAGUACUAGUAAUAGCGGUAGUGUUAGUACUAGUAGUAAUAAAAAUAAUAAUAGCAGUACUAGCAAUAGCAGUACCAUCAAUACGACCAACGCUAUCACUAACAAUGUGAAUGAUGAGUACGUGUGGACAGAUGGAAUCGGUAGAAUAAGUAACAGGGUGGCAGACAUGGUGGCUAAGAAACUUAAACUUACUUCCACCCCGACAGCAUUUCAAAUACGGUUUGCAGGCUAUAAAGGGGUGCUGGUACGUGCAAACAUACCGCACGAUCUGAUGCUGCGCAAGAGCAUGCGCAAGUUCAAAAGCACAUACAACGUCUUAGAAGUGGUGAGCUACUCUCAAUCAAUAGAAUGCUAUCUCAACAGACAGAUAAUAAUGAUACUGGAGGGACUGGGCGUACCUAAACACAAUUUUAUCUGCCUACAGAACGAGUACUUAAUGCAUAUGUACAGAGCAAUAAAUCACUCACUUAUCGGCAAGUAUUGCAGGAUUAGUGGUGUAGCACUGGUUGAUAGGAUGAGCGGUGCUUUGCUUGGCAGAUUGUUUAGGGAGAUGUGUGCUAAGGGACGUAUUUUUGUUAAGAAUGGGAUUGUUCUGAUGGGUGUUAUUGACGAGGAGGGGGUAUUGGGAGAGAAUGAGGUGUUUUUGAGGAUAUAUGAGGAUGAUGGGGAUGUUAGUGGUGGCAGGAGUAAGAGGAUGAGGAGUAAUGAGAUAGGUGCUGAAGAGAUGAGGAAGAAGGAACUGUUUGAGAGAGCAUUAAGCGUUGUGGACCGUAGUGGUGUUGGUACGGCUGAUAGCAGUGCUGAUGAUAUAAAUACCAGUACCGGUGGUGGUGUGCUUAGGGAUGACGGUGUGGUAGUGGGUGGUGCAAUAGUGGCAAAGAACCCGUGCUUACACCCCGGCGACAUAAGAAAAGUACAGUGCGUGUACAAGAAAGAACUGAUGCACUACAAGAACGUACUGGUAUUCAGCAAAAAGGGACGAAGACCGGUAUUUAACAUGUGCUCGGGCAGUGAUCUAGAUGGUGAUCUAUACUUCGUAAGCUGGGAUGCUCGUCUAAUACCACCGAUAGAGCAUUUUCCACAGAACUAUCAGUCAUCAUCAUACCUGAGCAAGGAACACAUAGUAGCACAGGACAUGGUAAAUUUCUUCACAAGAUUCGCCAAAGAAGACGAGCUCGGUAAGAUCAGCAAUGCACAUCUCGUAUACUCCGAUGUACACGGUAUCACCGAUCCACAAGCGCUUAAACUGGCGUACCUAUUUUCAAUGGGUGUAGACUUUCCUAAGACAGGGUACAUUGCACGGUUACCGCAGAAUCUUGAGCCGUAUGAGUAUCCCGAUUUUAUGGAGAGGAUGCGGUCUUAUGAGAGUGUGCGUGUUAUGGGGAUGAUGUAUAGGAGGGUGCAGUUUAACUGCGAGGAUGUUGGGGGUGUUUAUGGGGAAUGUGUGGUUGGAGAUAUGAUGAAGAAGAUGGUGGAAAGGUGUAUGAAACGGUGUAUCGAUAGGAACAGCAGGGAUGCUAUGGAUAGUAAUAGUGGAAGUAGGGGCAGUGGAAAUGGUUGUAGUGAUAGCAAUAACAGUAACACCAAUACCAGCAAUAACAGUACCAGUAACACCAAUACCAGUAACACAAAAAGUGAUGGCUCCUCCAAUCUGGUAACUAUUCUCAAGCUCAUUCUCAAGGGUGCGAGGGAAUCAUUCAAAAUACGCAUACCAAAACUGAACAGUGCUCUCAUCCAACAAGCAACCAAAGAUUACCAAGAAUACAGAAACGAUGUACACAAAUUAAUGGUGGAGUACGAUCUUAAGAGUGAGUACGAUAUUUUUUUAAAGAAGGUGGAAACAGAUACAGACUCAGCAUCGUACAGCCAGCGUAUCACCAAAUUUAUCAAUCAUUACAGCAGACGGUUCUUCAUGAACAGCUACACGGUGAACGGUGAGAGUGUGAGUGUUAAGGAAAAAGCAUUGUCUUGGUUUGCUGUAAGCUAUGGAAAGGGUGUUGGUGAAAGCUUUUAUUAUGUGUGUGGAUGUGACGAGGAUAUGGUCGAGUAUUGUUUUGGUGGAGGUGCUGUGAAGGGGUACAAGUGCUAUUUCAAUCCUUAUGUGCUGGUACGCGACAUGGACUGUCAUAAGAGUGAAGAUAUGAGCGGUAGUAGUAAAAACACGAAUAGUAGCUGCCAUGGCAAUAUCUGCACUGCCAUUAACACGGCAAGAAAUAUCGAUUUGAAGAGCGUGCUCAACAUUGCCAGCACUACCGGUACUAGCGCACAGCCAAAGGGCAACAAACUGCCCACAAGCACAGUACGUGUCAGUUCAGGUGGUACAGGUCCUUUAAUACGGGUGAUAAACGGUCAGCAAUACGUGGUGAUAGAUGAGUGCUGUGCUGUAAGUAACGAUAGGGUGUUAUUUGAAUUGUUUAACAUGUUGGUGUGUACGGGGUUCUUUGAUCUUAGCAAUUUUAGGUUUGUGGAUGAGUUCAUGACGGUAGUGAAGGAUUUAACAAGGGAUGAGAUGUGCGAGUUGUUCAUUGUUGUAAAUAGUGUGGAGUAUUUGCGUAUUACCGCUGAGGAGUGCGGUAAGGAGUGUAGUGAAAAAUGCAAUGGUAGAGAUGUUGGUAAUGACGAAGGUACGAAGAGAAGAAUAAAAUUGUUUGAUGGUGAGCGUGCAAACAAGGAAAACACCGUCAACAGCAAUCAAACACACGCAUUGCUGAAGGGGCACUCUCCGGCAUUCAGAAGGGCAUUAGAUCGCUUAUCAACUCUUCUACGAAAGACCGUUCAUCUUGAUGCUCUAAACAGUUUGCUUACUGUUGCAUUCGUCUUACCGCUCAGAAUGGAGCUGCUAGACAAAAUCAAACUGUGCAUUCUACCACGAAGAAAAGGAAAGGCAAUUCUGCACUCAGACAGGUCACGAUCAGAUGAUAUACCGAUCAACAGCAUGUCAAUAAUAGGAGCAUUUGAUAAGAACGAUUACAUCUGCUUUAACACGUACGGUGGCGAUGUUAACAUACUGCACCAGAACAAGAAAUGUUAUGCUGUUAAUCUUUUGAACGGGGGGAUGACGAGUUAUGAGUAUUACAAGGAGGAUUUCAGGAAGGUAUUCGUACAUUUCUACUGGAAGGGGGGGUGUAAGGUUAGGAUAAGGAACGAGAUUAAGAAGGAUGAUUUCGGGACUAAGCAGAAUAUGAGGGAACGAUUUGCUAAUAACAGGAGGAAUGAUGACCGAGAAAGUGUUAGAAAUAAUACGAGGAAGGAUGUUUAUCAUAAGGGUGGUGACUGCGGUGAUAACACCAAUAUUAAGAAUGUUGGCAAUGGCAAUACCUGCAUUGGGGUGAACAAUGUAGAUAGAGAUGAUAAAACAGAUGGACACGUACCAUUGGACCAUAGGAUAAGUACAGGGGAUGGAAUGCCCAGUAAUCCGCGCAUGCGUUACAUGGUUAAAGUGAUGCCGGGUAGGUUCUACACGUUCUCACUGCCAAAUGAUGUGGCAUACAACAGCAUGAGAAUUAAGGACCUGGAAAAACUGCUGAUGUACUACCGCAAGAAGAACAACACGAUUAGCUCGCGGUAUAUCAAUGCAUAUUUCAUUAAUUUGCAUCCUAUUCUUAAGAACUUGGACGAUUACAUGGCGGGUCGAUCGUUCAGCUCAAAAAAAUUGUGUUUUAACCUGUACUUCGUGAAGGACAACACGCGUUACUGUGCUAGACUGGAUGAAUCGAUGCGUAUACAGCGUGUGGGUGUACGGCGAGGCAUCGUGGGAAGGUACUUCAUGCUGAACAGCGGUGCGCACAAAACGUGUGAUUAUGAUGUGAUGUACGAGAUGUACGCUGAGGAAGUGGUGUACAUGAAUGGUGAAGCGUGUAACGAUCCGUUCCUAUCCGUUUUACUCCCACAGAAUGUGCUUGUACCUGUCAGCAACGCGUACAAGGUGUGUGAUGCGCUGUCAGCAUGCACAAACUUUCUAUUGGAAAGUUUCGUUACCCUUGAUCUAACAGAGAAUGGCACAAAUCUCUUUGUGCUGAAUUAUAAGGAGGUGUAUUUUAUGGACAGUACAGAUGAUGUGUUAAAGUUGCACAGGUAUGAGGUGAAUUGUUUUAAGGAUGUUGAACGUAUGGAGGGUGAGAUUGCGUGUUAUGAGGGGUUUGAGCGGUUUCUUGAGGAUGUGUGGAGGAGUUAUGAAUGUUUUUGA